UUCAAUAAAGUUGGAAUUGAAGCCAAAAUGGCGACGUUCAUGUUGUCGUCAAAGAUGUCGCCCUUGGUGUCACCCAUCAUUAGAUUUCUACUGAAAGAUCAGUACUAUUCCUCGAAAACGAUAUGUAACAGUGUGACUAACAUUUCCAGACGAGGCUAUUCGACGGAUGCUCUCCCCCAGCCGGCUGCAGAAGACAGCAAUGCUGCCGCAGCGUACAGCGGACCACUGGAGCACUACAACAGUCUGGUCAGGGAUGAGUCGCUGCAAGAGGACCCACAUCAAAAAGCCGUGGUUCAGACCUUGGAUAAAAUGCACAAAACCCUAAGAGGUUACAACAACCAGCCUACGUCCCUCUUCUCGAAGUUUUUCUCUAAGCCAAAGCCCCCAAAAGGGUACUACAUCUAUGGAGAUGUUGGCACAGGGAAAACGAUGGUUAUGGACAUGUUCUACUCCUACGUGGAGACAGAGAAGAAAAAGAGGGUCCAUUUCCACGGCUUCAUGUUAGAUGUACAUAAUAGGAUACAUCGCCUUAAAAAGAGCCUGCCAAAAAGGAAAGCUGGGAGGAUGGCUAAAGUCUAUGACCCGAUUGCACCAAUAGCAGAGGAGAUCAGUGAAGAGGCCUGUCUGUUGUGCUUUGAUGAGUUUCAGGUGACAGACAUUGCAGAUGCCAUGAUUCUGAAACAGCUCUUUGAAAACCUCUUUAAGAAUGGGGUUGUUGUCGUGGCGACGUCCAACCGGCCCCCAGAGGAUUUGUACAAGAACGGACUACAGAGGGUCAACUUUGUGCCAUUUAUUGCUGUGUUGAAGAACUAUUGCCAAGAGCUUCGUCUGGACUCUGGGAUAGACUACCGCAGAAGAAACAGACCCUCAGCUGGGAAACUGUACUUCCUCUCGAGUGAACCUUGUGUUGAGGCAAUACUGGACAAGCUGUUUGACGAGCUGGCCUUCAAACAGAACGACAUAACACGGCCAAGGACUCUGAAACUGCUAGCCAGGGAGGUCAGUCUUAUGAAAACCUGUGGGACCAUAGCAGACUGUACCUUCGAGGAGCUGUGUGAUAGACCAUUGGGUGCCAGUGACUACUUGGAGAUUUCCAGGCAGUUUGAUACUGUAUUCAUCAGGAACAUUCCCCUGCUCACUAUGAACAAGAAGACUCAAGCGAGACGCUUGAUCACGCUUAUCGAUGCCUUCUAUGAACACAAGGUACGAGUGGUGAUUCUGGCCGAUCACCCUCUGGAUGACAUCUUUGUACACGACGGAGAUCACGAACACCACCAUCAUGAACUCAUGGAUGAUCUCAACCUAAAAAAGCCUCAAUUUGUUGGGGCAAGGUGUUGAAAGCCUUCUUCAAGGAUGCUGGCCCAUGUUGACUACAAUGCUUCCCACAGUUGUCAAGUUGGCUGGAGGUCCUUUGGGUGGUGGAUCAUUCUUGAUACACACAGGAAACUGUUGAGCAUGGAAAAACUCAGCAGAGUUGCAGUUCUUGACACACACAAACUGGUGUGCCGGGCACCUACUACCAUACCCCGUUCAAAGACACUUAAGUCUUUUUUCUUGCCCAUUCACCCUCUCUCUACAUGGCACAAAUACACAAUCCAUGUUUCAAUUGUAUCGAGGCUUAAAAAUCCUUCUUUAACCUGUCUUCUCCCCUUCAUCUACACCAGGGGUCUCCUAAAAGGUUAACCGCAGCCCACCUUUGAGUAGCUCGCCAAACAAUUCUGAAAGUAUAUGUGAUUUUCAAGUACUCCACCGUAAACUGUCAUUAACAAAUAUCAUUUGUAUCUAUUAUUUGUUAUUUUCAAACUUUCCCAUUAAAUGAGCAGUAGCAAUACAGAAUCAUCACUCUACUGGCGCCUUAGAAGGCAUAUUCUUUUGCUCACUAGAUGCACAAUUAAAGGGCCAGAUGCACAAUUUAAGGGGAAUUUCUUCCAGAACAAAGAUAGAACAUUCUAUUUUGUUGUUUCUCUAUGAACAAUUGUAAUUUUGAGAGUGAAAGACAAAAAAAAAAUACAACUGAGAACAUAAUUUGGGAAAAUGAUAAAACAAUUUUGGGGAUGGGGGAAAUCACAGAUUUUAUAGGGCCCCUUAGUGGUUUAUUAACCAUUUAGUUUACCAGGUAUAUUGACAGUACAUAGUGCACUAAUUUCUCUGGUACACUAAAGACACUGGAGAAGAGAAUAAUGUGCUUAUUUGAAAGCUGGAAAAGUAUCUUGCGACAUGUUUUAUUUUUUAAAAAGUAGUUAAUCAUGCUAGAAAUGUUUGGAGCCCCCUGAUCUACACCGAUUGAAGUGGAUUUAACAGGGGACACCAGUAAGGGACCACAGCUUUCACCUGGUCAUGGAAGAGCAGAUGUUCCCAAUGUUUUGUACACUAUGACCUUCUGUUUGUUGACUUCUCAGCUUCUCUCCAAAACUGCUUUGUUCUCAGGCUUUAGGAAAAUACCAAACACUCUCACUAAUGGUGUUUUUCUAUUGAAUGCAUUUACACCCUCAUGUGUUGUUCCUG